AUGGUCGCCUCUCAGAAACAUGUGCGCAUCGUCAAGAAGCACCCAAAGAAAUGGUUCAGACAUCAAUCUGAUCGCUUCAUGUGCGUGCCGAGCGCAUGGAGAAAGCCAAAGGGUAUCGACAAUCGGGUGCGCAGACGGUUCAAGGGACAGAUGGUCAUGCCCUCUAUCGGAUUCGGCUCCAACAAGAAGACCCGCCACAUGAUGCCCUCAGGUCACAAGGCCUUCCUCGUUCACAACCCCAAAGACGUCGAGCUCCUCCUCAUGCACAACCGAGUAUACGCCGCUGAGAUCGCACACGCCGUGUCAUCGAAGAAGAGAAUCGAAAUCGUUGCUAAGGCCAAGUCGCUUGGUGUCAAGGUCACAAACCCUAAGGCCAGAAUCACCACUGAGUCAUAG